GCCUCAAGCAUGCACGUCAGCAUAGGCAUAUGCAGCCGCGUAUUCGCUACAAUCAGCCAAGCCAGAUACGCUCGAGGCUGAUCUCGACGUCCUGGGUUUCCGUCCACUUCAAUUCCAAAUACCCAUCCUCAAUUGACAUCUUAGUCUCCAGCUUACAUACAUCAUCGAGUUGAUUGGGCAAGGCCUACGACAUCCGUGGUUGCCGAGUGCCCAACAACGGCCAUGCUUCGUUGAUGGAGUUGAAUACGCCUGGCGGCUUAGAUCGGCAAAGACGAAUACGCUCCACGGAUCAGCGAUCUCUUCCAUGGACGGUGUAUAAAUAUACCCGAUGCCACGGCACAACUGAUUCUCCUCGCGCAUGCUUCAGACACUCACCCAGGCUCUCGCAGUUCUCGGCUCAUCACCCAACCAAUCGUCCUCAUGAAGCUCAGUGUGUUUGUCGAGGCAGGUCUCCUAGGCCUUGCCGCCGCCUUGCGCGAGCCGAAAGGCCAUGAAUACCACCGGAACCCCCUCGAUAGCCGAUCCCCUUGCCCGGGUCUCAACGCGCUGGCAAACCACGGCUAUCUCCCUCGUUCAGGAUUGAACAUCGACCUGGAGACGCUCCGCUAUGCGAUUGUGGCCGGGUUUAACUUCGAGCGCACCUCGCAGGACGGCGCCUUCAACAUGGCCAUUGCCUUCAACCUGUCGACGUCCGGGAACAGCUCGACCUUCCACCUGGACGAUCUAAAGCUACACGACGCCAUCGAAUUCGACGGCUCGCUGUCCCGGAACGACUUCUACCUCGGGGACGACCUGCACUUUGACCCUGUCAUCUGGCACACCGUCGCCGUGAACCUGGAUCUUUACAGAACCGGGCCGUCCGAGAAGGAUAAGUACGUCACCGUGGAGGUGGCGGCAAGGGCGGCCGCUGCACGCGCGAAGGCCGCCAAGGCCGCCAACAAACACUUCAAUGCCUCGGCGGCCCAGAUGGUGGGCAGUCCGGGCACGACGGCGCUGUACCUGACCACGCUGUGGGACGACGACGCAGGGGCGGCACCUAAGUCAUGGAUCAAGGCCCUCUUUGAAGAGGAGCGCAUCCCCUUCCGCGAAGGAUACAAUCCUGCCACGCGCAAGCAGAAGACGGGGCAGGACAUUGGCGACAUGUUUGCGCGGGUUAUGGCGGCGUACACGGAUGUUUCGAAAGGCAGGCGAGGACUCAGAUGGGGAAGUCACUAAAGGCACUCUGCGAGCUUCAUGU